AUGCUUGAUCUAUUCCAAGCAGAAACUGCCACUGGUGUUUUGCGAUACGCUACUAAAAGGCUGCAACACUUCUUUGCUUCGACUUCAUGGAGAAAAAAUCUUCCCCUGGAAAUGAAAGCAGAUCGCCGUCUCCUCCCAAACACAAAAGGAACGGUCAAACGCUUAUUCAAUAAAGAAGACAACAUAAUUGAAACGGCCAGAAGCUGGAAGCUGAAUCUAACCAUUAUAUCAAAGAAGUUCUGA